AUGAAGAUCGGAGGAGUCUUGCAGCGACUCUCUUGCCUGGUGGUCGCUGUGGCUUGGGCGGCCGCGGGGGGUUCCGCCGAGCUUGUUCUCUCUGCCUCAGGCCCCAUCGUCAGUCUCGGAUACGCAACCUAUGAAGGCUACUAUAACGGGACUUACGAUCUUAAUAUCUGGAAAAGUAUCCGCUAUGCUGCACCACCGACUGGGAAUCGUCGAUGGCAGGCUCCUGAGCCUCCUCUCCACGAGAGCUCUGCUGUCAUCCCAGCAGUAGCUCAGCCCCCAUUGUGUCCUCAGACCGGUGCCUUUGGCGUGCCCAAGGCAUAUGGCUUCAACUCAGGUCUCGGGAAUGAAGAUUGUCUCUAUCUUAACGUAUAUGCCGCGCCUAAUGCGACUAAUCUGCCAGUUCUGGUGUGGAUUCAUGGGGGCGGACAUUCGGUCUUUGGAGCACAGUAUGAUCCGAGUGUGUGGAUGAACACAAAUGACAAUGGCUUUAUUGUUGUUGAGAUGCAGUACCGGCUCGGAGCCUUCGGCUUCCUCGCGUCACCAGAUGUCAAGAAGAGCGGUCGCCUUAACACAGGGCUGCUCGACCAGCGGUUUGCCAUCGAAUGGACUCGCAAGUACAUAGCCAAGUUUGGCGGCGACCCGAAUCGCAUCACUAUUGGAGGUGAAUCUUCUGGCGCCGCGUCCGUUGUCUUUCACUCUCUGGCUUAUGGCGGGAAAGAGACGGGGCUCUUUAACAACAUGAUUGUUGCCAGCCCAUACUUGCCGACGGUGUACAAAUACUCUGAUUCUUUUCCCAAAGCCCGUUAUGACAAGUUCGUCGAGCUUGCUGGCUGUAACAAACCAGCCGGGAACAAGACAACAUUUGACUGUCUCGUAGCGGCUGACACUACUGUGUUGCAAUAUGCUAGCGGAAACGUUUCGACAAAGGUGGGAUACUUCGGCAGCUUUGGCUUCUUGCCCGUGAUCGACGACGACUAUAUUCGGGAACGGCCGGCCGUGCAGCUAGCAAGCGCAAAAUUUAGUGGAAAGCGUGUCCUCGUGGGUAACAACGGAAAUGAGGGUUCCCCCUUAUUCAAUCCCAACAUCUCUACACGAGCCCAGUACGAUGACUUCAUUACUGAGACAUUUCCCUUGUUCACAUCGGAGGAUAUCAACAAAUUGAACAAAAUCUAUGAGAUCUCGGAUGAGUUACCGCCCGAUGACGGCGUAGUCUUCGACACGCUUGGGUAUACUGGGCCGACGGCCUUAACACAAUCCGGCAUAGCGACCGGCAUCCAGCAAUCAGCCUUCAACCUCGCGGCCGAGACCGUUUUUGACUGUCCGGCGCAGUGGGUCGCCGAGGCCUUCAGCACGGGGUGCACGUCCGCCUGGCGGUACCAGUACUCGGUGACGCCGUCGUACCACGGCGCCGAUCUGCGCGCGUACUUCGCCGUCGGGGCGUCUACACCCGCCGCAGACUUCCGCCACGCCAUGCAGAAGAUAUGGGGGAACUUCAUCAUCAACAACACACCUGUUAUCCCAGUGGCGGACGCCAUGGGGAAUUACGAGAACGCCUCCGUCCCCGUUGUAGGAAACAAAAGCGUCAUUGACUGGCCCCGGUUCACGCGCAGCAACCCCGUGCACAUGAACCUGAACACCACCGGAGGAGACGUGAAGCUCGUCACGGUCGGCGACACACUGGCCUAUUACGUCCGCUCGGGCCCCGGUGUCGUGAACACUUUCAGCCUAGCCGACUCUUUUGCUUGGGAGGGAUCUCGCGGCGAUCGGUGUAAUUUCUGGCGGGCUGUCUCCGCGAGGGUCCCGCAAUAG